UCCCAACAGGAGCUGGGUGAUGCUGUGGAAGCAGGCAGCCUGCGUGAAGGGGCAUGUUGCUGGGACGUGGGGGUAGCUGACGCACAGCCCCCACCCUCGGGCCUGUGCAAGGCAGAGAUGGCAAGUAGAGACACAGUGGGGGCCCCGCCUCAUCCACCUGACUCAGUGGCCCUCCUGGAUACAGCUCAUGGUCUGGCAGCCCCAGCACUGGCCAGCCCCAGAGUCACACCCACCCAGGAUGCUCCAGAGAGACAGACAUGUGAUCAAGCCCAGGAAGAGAGACAGCAACCAGGGCCGGCCCUACAGCAAGAAAUGGAGUGCCCUGCCACCUUGGCCACCACAGUUACAGAGACCCAUGAGCUUCUUGAGAAGUUCCCGCUGGCUGGGGAGCAGGGUGGUGAAGGGGGGGCUGCUGCAGCUGGUGAGAGUGCCAGUGAAGGAGGCCCAGGGACGCAGCAAGCUCCAGAGGAGCCGCAAACCGCUCCAGGUGACACCUUUGCUCAGACUGAGCACUGCCCCACCUCCAGGAAAGGACCCUCUACCUCUGUCCCUGGUGAGUCCUGCGAGACUGAGCAGCUCAUGCCCAGCUGCCAGGAUGCCUUGCCACGGGCUGGAGAGCUAGAUGGGAUGCCCAGAGGCACGGAGGGCAUUUCUGCACAUCAGGCUGGCCCUGACCCAGAGAGGCCCCUGCCGGCUGGGAAAGACACUGCUCCUGACACCCCUUACCUGCAUAUCCAUGGAGCCGCCAGGAAAGGAGCAGAAGACAGUGGUCUGAGAGCUGUUUCCUCGGAGGGCCCCACAGCUCCCAGUGAAAGUCCCUGUCCCAUGGAGGAGCCCCUGCUGGAAAAGGCUGCCUCUGUAAAGCUGCCGGCCAGCCUCCUCUUGCAACCAGGAGCUGCAGGUGGGGAGGGCUCUGCUGUGCCUGCCAGCUCUGGAAGCCCCAAAGCUGGAACCACUGAGGAACCUGUGGACUCCAUGCCCUACCUGGACAGGAUGCCUCUUCUGGCCAAGAGUAAGCAGAUGACGGAGGAGGACAAAGUGGCCACAGCUCCAGAAGCCAGGCCCUGUGAGAUUCCAGCCUGCUCUGGCAGCGAGGACAGCAUGGUGGGUGAUGCAGCAAGACAGACAGAGGGCAGCAGGGACAGGGUGGUAGAGACACCUCCAGAUCUAAGGAGAGGUGCACCAGGUGGUACGGAAGCAAGCUGCAAGCAGCCUAGCCCCAUUGUAGGGCUCCAUGACUUCAGGGAGCACAUCACCAGAAUCUUUGAGCAAUCAGUGCUUGGAGCCCUGACUGCUGACCAGCCCCAGAAUGCACCAAGUGAAAAGGCAGGAGCUAGGAGGAGUAUGGUGGGCAAGGACCUCACCACGCUACUAAGCCCAGAGAAGCUUCUAGAUGGAACUCAAGGAAUGGCUGCUACCACUCUCCCUGCACCUCCUGCUGGACUCUGGGUGGAGAAGAAGCCAGAGUUGGCUGUGGAGGCUAAGAUUUCCCAUCUGGUUUCCCAGGAUACAGCUCCAGACAAGCUGCCAGGUGAGUCCGAUGCCAGUGUUGAGGAGGAGGUGACUGGUGUACCACUCGUAGCAAGGAGAAGUGAGAGGCCAGACCUGGGAGCCGAGGUUCACUCACAGCGGGUGAGGGGUGGGCAGGAACUAGCUUCAGGUCUUUCCUCACCAGUGGCUGCUCAGGGGACAUCUUUAGAGAGAGCUGCUGACUUCCAGGUGGCUCCCCAGAGCCUUGGAGAAGAGGCCUCCGUUCAAGGUGACAGAAUUCUUUCUGGAAAACAGUGCCAGGGAACACUGGUCUCUGACAGUCACCCUAGAGAAGAUGGUACCCAGGACUUGGCUCACACGGUGGGUGCAGGUGAUGUGCCAGAAUCUACCUGUGCUCUAGAAUCCUCUCCUCCCCGUGGGGAUGUUUUAAUUGAGCCCAAGGCUAAUAGUGACCUGCUUGGGGGUGAAAGGAAGCCUGAAGCUGAUGCCAGCAUCCUGGAAAUGCAAAACGCCCCUGGCCACCUGAGCAUCCCUGAACCACUGGCUAGAGAAGUGCUGGACACUCCCCAGGAGCCCAGCGAGAAGGCAGGAGCUGCUGGGGAAGUGAAGGGUGACAUCACGUUGAGCACAGCCCAGGCAUGGGCACACACAGCUGGUGACCUGCCAGAAACAGGUGCUGCAAGGAUGAUCGCCGGCGUAGCUCAUGACUCAGUGCUGCCAGGGAGCCGUCAGGCGAUGGAGGACUCAGCUGCCCUGCGAGGGGACAGCCCAAGUGGGCACCAGCCGGCCAAGGAACAGCUGGGACCUGAGCUCCCUACUCCAGCUGGGAACAGGGAGGUGCGUGUUUCACCCCCAGAGCCUGAUGACACUGGAGACUCAAAGCUGCAACACCUGGCUCCGGAAGAGCAACACGCUGACAGAAAGAGCCUGGGGCCUGGCCCAGCUACCUUACCUACGGUUCCUGAGAAGGAUGCUCCGAGAUUCCCUUCAGAUGAGACCAGCUGUGUGGGAGGACCAGAAAGCACCUCCCCAGCUGCUGCCCAUGCGGGUCUUGCUUCCUCGGCCUCAGACCACGCAGUUUUGCCUUCUGCCUCAGCUGGCCAUGGAGUAGAAGCUUCCUCCUGCCAGGACCUGGCCAAGGACGCAAGCAGGAGUUCUGACUCUGAAGAAGCAUUUGAGACCCCGGAGUCAACGACCCCUGUCAAAGCUCCACCAGCCCCACCUCCGCCACCCCCUGAAGUCAUCCCAGAGCCUGAGGUCAGCACACCACCAGCCCCGGAAGAACCAGGAUGUGGCUCUGAGACGGUCACCGUCCCUGAUGGCCCACGCAGCGACUCCGUGGAAGGCAGCCCCUUCCGCCCUCCACACUCCUCCUCUGCCGUCUUCGAUGAAGACAAGCCGAUAGCCAGCAGCGGGACUUACAACUUAGACUUUGACAGCAUCGAGCUGGUGGAUAACCUCCAGAGCUUGGAGCCUCGGCCCUCGGACUGUAAGAGCCAAGAGUGCAAGGCCAGCGCGCGGAGGAAGUCCACCGAGUCCGUGCCCCCCGCCAAGUCCACGCUGUCCCGCUCCCUGAGCCUGCAGGCCGGUGACUUUGAUGGUGCUUCCUGCUCAGGCAGCCCCGAGGCCGCGGCCCUCGCCCCGGACGCAGGCAGCACAGGCUCGUGCAGUGCUUCCAGUACCCUCAAGCGAACUAAAAAACCCAGGCCGCCGUCCCUGAAAAAGAAGCAGGGCACCAAGAAGCCCACAGAAACCCCCCCAGUGAGGGAGACCCAGCAGGAGCCAGCGGAGGAGAGUCCCGUCUCCAACGAGGAGUAUCUGGCGUCGGAGACCAAGACGGAGCCGGCCGCGGCAGAGGGCUCAGGGUCCGCCUCGUCGGAAGAGACGCCCUCGGAGCCUGCCGCUGCGCCCAAAGCCGCCUGUCCUCUGGACCCAGAGUGUGCCGAGGGCGCCAGCCCCUUGGCUUCUGGAGGUGGCAGGGUGCAGAACUCGCCUCCUGUUGGGAGGAAGACGUUGCCUCUUACCACGGCCCCCGAGGCCGCGGAGGAGACCCCGUCGGAUAGUGGGGGGCAAGAGGACUCCCCGGCCAGAGGGCUCUCAGUGAGGCUGGAGUUUGACUAUUCUGAGGACAAGGGUGGUUGGGACAGCCAGCAGGAAAACCCCCCUCCUACCAAAAAGAUAGGCAAAAAGCCAGUUGCCAAAAUGCCCCUAAGGAGGCCAAAGAUGAAAAAGACGCCCGAGAAGCUCGACAACACUCCUGCCUCACCUCCCAGGUCCCCCGCUGAGCCCAAUGACAUCCCUGUGGCUAAAGGUACCUACACCUUUGACAUUGACAAGUGGGAUGACCCCAAUUUUAACCCCUUUUCUUCCACCUCAAAAAUGCAGGAGUCUCCCAAACUGCCCCAACAGUCAUAUAACUUUGACCCAGACGCCUGUGACGAGUCCAUUGAUCCCUUUAAGACAUCCUCUAAGACCCCCAGCUCACCUUCUAAAUCCCCAGCCUCCUUUGAGAUCCCAGCCAGUGCCAUCGAAGCCAAUGGAAUGGAUGGGGACGGGCUGAACAAGCCCGCCAAGAAGAAGAAGACGCCCCUAAAGACGAUGGUUGAAGAUGUGAUGUCUGUGUGUUCUCUGUUUGACACAUUUAGGGUGAAAAAGUCGCCAAAACGAUGUCCUCUCUCUGAUCCACCCUCUCAGGACCCGACUCCAGCUGCGACACCAGAGACGCCACCAGUGAUCUCCGCAGUGGUCCACGCCACCGAUGAGGAGAAGCUGGCGGUCACCAAUCAGAAGUGGACAUGCAUGACGGUGGACUUGGAGGCUGACAAACAGGACUUCCCACAACCCUCGGACCUGUCUACCUUUGUAAACGAGACCAAAUUCAAUUCGCCCACAGAGGGUAAGCAACUCAGUGGCCAGCCGGACCCCCACCCUGCCUUGGAGAAUACUGCCUCUAGGGAGCAAAGGGCCAGGAAAGUCACUUCUCAACCAGAGUUGGGUUACAGAAACUCCUAUGAAAUCGAAUAUAUGGAAAAACUUGGCUCCUCCUUACCCCAGGACGAUGACACCCCGAAGAAGCAAUCCUUGUACCUUAUGUUCGACACGUCUCAGGAGAGCCCCGUUAAGUCUCCGACCCGGAUGUCCGAGUCCCCGACGCCUUGUUCAGGGUCAAGUUUUGAAGAGACGGAAGCCCUCGUUAAUGCUGCAGCAAAACUCCAGCGUCCUGUCUCACGAGGGCUAGCCUCCAGCCAAGAGCCACACUUACAGGUGCCGGAGAAGUCCUCCCAGCCAGAACUGGAGGCCAUGGCCCUGGGCACCUCCUCAGAGGCGAUUGAAAUCACAGCUCCCGAGGCUGCCUUUGCCUCUGCUGACGCCCUUCUCAGCAGGCUGGCCCACCCCGCCUCUCUCUGUGGUGCACUUGACUAUCUGGAACCCGACUUAGCAGAAAAGAACCCCCCAGUAUUUGCUCAGAAACUUCAGGAGGAGUUAGAAUUUGCCAUCAUGCGGAUAGAAGCCCUGAAACUGGCCAGGCAGAUUGCCUUGGCUUCCCGCAGCCGCCAGGACACCAAGAGAGAAGCUGCUCACCCACCAGAUGUCUCCAUCUCCAAAACAGCCUUGUAUUCCCGCAUCGGGACCUCUGAGGUGGAGAAGCCGGCGGGCCUUCUGUUCCAGCAGCCAGACCUGGACUCUGCACUCCAGGUGGCCAGAGCAGAGGUCCUAACCAAGGAGAGAGAGGUCUCGGAGUGGAAAGAGAAAUAUGAAGAGAGCAGACGGGAGGUGAUGGAGAUGAGGAAGAUCGUGGCCGAGUACGAAAAGACCAUCGCACAGAUGAUAGGCAAGCCUGAGGACGAACAGAGGGAGAAGUCGGUCUCGCACCAAACAGUGCAGCAGCUGGUCCUGGAGAAGGAGCAAGCCCUGGCCGACCUGAACUCCGUGGAGAAGUCUCUGGCCGACCUCUUCAGGAGGUACGAGAAGAUGAAGGAGGUCCUGGAAGGUUUCCGCAAGAAUGAAGAGGUGCUAAAGAAAUGUGCGCAGGAGUACCUGUCCCGCGUGAAGAAGGAGGAGCAGCGGUACCAGGCCCUGAAGGUGCACGCGGAGGAGAAGCUGGACAGGGCCAACGCUGAGAUCGCCCAGGUUCGAGGCAAGGCCCAGCAGGAGCAGGCCGCCUACCAGGCCAGCUUGCGGAAGGAGCAGCUGCGAGUGGACGCCCUGGAAAGAACGCUGGAGCAGAAGAAUAAAGAGAUAGAAGAGCUCACCAAGAUCUGUGAUGAACUGAUUGCCAAAAUGGGAAAAAGCUAACUUUGAACCAAAUGCUGGGACUUGACCGUCACGUGCAAUAUGGCCGUGGGCGCACUGCCGUCCUUCCACCCACACGGACAGGCUCUGUUUUCACUUUUCGUAUGCACUACUGUAUUUCCUUUCUGAAUAAAGUUGAUUUGAUUGUAUGCAGUGCUAAGGAGACUAUCAGGAUUUCUUGCUAUUGGUUUGCAUUUUCCUAGUAUAAUUCAUAGCAAGUUGACCUCAGAGUUCCUGUAUCAGGGAGAUUGUCUGAUUCUCUAAUGAACACAUGGCUGACCUUGGUCUUGCCCUUUGUACACAGAUUCCCAGGUGAGCAGGUUUGAUUUAAUAUGAACAUGUACAGCGUGCAUUGGGACUCUUGCCUUAAGGAGUGUAAACUUGAUCUGCACUUGCUGAUUUGUUUUAAAAAAAAAAAAUGCAUGUUUCAAAUAAAAUUCUCUAUUGUAAAUAAAUUUUUUUCUUUGGAUCUUGGCAA